CCCACUCCUUUUUCUACUCUCAAACGAAUCUCUUCUGUUCCGAAUGGACCACUCUCCACACAUUUUUUUAUUUCUUUUAAAUUUCCAUUCUUAAAUAAAGUAAAAUAAUCUAAACUCAUUACUUCUUUCUUACUUUGUUUCGUGAACUUGGAGCGUUUCACUAGUGUCUACAUUCUACAGUCUAAUCUACUUUUUAAAGAGAGAGAACUCUUGAAUCACAGGCAUCUCUUUCUCUCUUUGAUUGUUUCUCCAAAACAGUCUUUCGAACAAGAAAAGGAAGAUUUUGCCAUCAUAGAUAGAAACCCAUCAUUCCUUUGAAUAUAUAUAUUAAAUAUAUCUCUCUUUUGCACCUUUUACCUUCUUCAUUUUCAGACACAAACAUAUUUCCUAUAUAAAGCUUUACAGCCAUAUAUACUGAAGCUCCUACGGCCUCUUUUUUUUUUUCUUUCUCAUUUUUACCCUUGUCCUCAACCAACUUUAGUCUAAAACCUCAUCAUCAUCAUCAUAAUCCUAAUCUCACUCUCCCCAUUAUAAAAAAAAUGAUGUCGUUCACUACUUCUAUGCUAGGCUUUGUCCUUGUUCUAUUGUCGUCCAAUUUUCUCCACUCUUCUCAGGCUAACAUUCUUGCCGAACCAGUCAGCGGCCACGACCAGCCAGUCAAGCCCGGCGAGUACUCAAGCCCAAAUACCGUUCCGGCUUUUCCAGUCCAGACCCAAGCCAAGACUUGCCGCCUUGACCUCUCCGACGAGCUUUUUGGUGGCGUUAAGGAAGCCUGCGGCAGAGACCUCGACCGCAGCCGAUGUUGUCCCGUUCUAGCGGCGUGGCUCUUCGCGGCUCAUGCUAGGUCGGCUCUUGAGUUGCCUUCGGCGGCUCCGGCUCCAGCAGAUGUAGGUGGCGAGUUGCCGAUGAUGCCGGACGAUUCUCAGAAGUGUGUGAACUCGCUGCAGAGCUCGCUUUUGAGUAGAAAUAUUCGGAUUGCGCAACCUAAUGCGAGCUGUGACGCUGUCUUGUGCUUCUGUGGGAUUAGGCUUCACCAGAUUAGCUCCCUUAGUUGCCCGGCGGCGUUUAACGUCUCCGGUCAUCAUAACGCCACGCCUACUGCCGCCGUUAAGAACUUGGAGAAGAACUGCCGUAACUCCUCAUAUUCUGGCUGCACCAAGUGUCUUGGUGCCCUCCAAAAGAUAAAGGGAGGGUUCAAAAACGGUACGGACGGUGACCGACCGAGUGACCGGGCGAGCAAGAUGUUCAACCGGGACUGCCAGCUCAUGGGGCUGACGUGGCUCCUGGCCCGUAACAAAACGGCGUACAUACCCACCGUCUCGGCGGUGCUGCGCGCCAUCAUGUACAGUGCGCACCCACCGCACGAGUCCAAGUGCAGCCCGGACCAAGAGAACAUGCCACUGGCCGUUGAUUCACUGCAGUUCGAGAAGGCACAAGCCUCAUCAUCACCGUCCAUAUUUUGGUUUCCAAUUUUACCCCUAAUCAUUUUGGUGUCUCUGUUUGUUUAGUAUAGGAAAUAGGGUCCUUUUUCUCUCUCUCUUCUCAAAUUUCUACUCUGCCCCGUAUUUUUUUGAUAGUGGUUGUCGGGUCACGUGAUGCUAGUAGACAAACGGGCUUAUUGGGUUGUUUUUGUCCUUUUCACCCACUCUGUAAAUUUCAGCUCGUCUCACCUAUUUUUUUUAUUUACAUAUUAGUACCAUUAGCUUUUGGAAAUUGGAAUACAAAGUUCAUAAUUUUUAACA